UGGUCCUUGUAGAUCACAGAAAUCUAGAUCCUAAAUGGCAGAAUAUAUAUAGGCCAAUGCUUUGGUACCUUCUAUCAAAGGUUUAACUAUCGGUUUUAGUUAUUAAAAAAUGGAUCUCUAGAUUCUACUUUUAUUAACAAAUUAUAGUUUGGCGCUAAUGAAUAAAUUAUAACCACUAAAUAUUGACUUAAAACGCUUCAGAUUCCCACUAUAAACUAACUGAAACUAAGCAUGGCAUGUGAACACAACCCUCACAUGGCUCAGAAGAAAUCUGGAAUAACCCCAUUAUAUGAUUAUAUAAUAUAAUAUAAUUGUUUAUAUUGUUACGUCUCUUCUCCUACUAUCCAGGCUCUCUUCAAACUGCACCACACGACACAACGAACUUAAAGAACCUCACAACUCAGGGCUCCAAAGUAUCAGUCAGUUUAAUUUCAAAUACAUCGCAAUUGGCAACAACAUUAACACUGUCUUUAGAAAAACCUAUUCUCUGCUCCGCACUGAACUUCACACACCGUGCUGGUUCUCGCUUCGUACUGGUCACAUUGCGAGGUUUUGCAUUGCAAAUUGUUAAAUAUGCCAUUGGUGGUUAUGUGUGGGUUUCCUGCCAGUGGUAAGACAACCAGAUGUCGAGAAAUCUAUGAUUACCUCUCUGCUCAGUAUCCAUCCAAACAAGUUCACAUUGUCUCAGAUGAACAAGAAUGUGUCAGCAAAAAAGACAUGUACACAAACUCUCAUAAAGAAAGGGAAAUGAGAGGAAACCUCAAAUCUUCUGUUCAGAGGUUACUUGGAAAAGAAGACAUUGUUAUACUGGACUCGCUCAACUAUAUUAAAGGAUUUCGCUACGAACUGUACUGUGUAUCUAAGUCUAGCAGAACAACUCACUGUGUCGUAUAUUGUAUAACAGAUGCAGAAACUUCAAAGUUGUGGAAUUCUCUGAGAGCUGAGGGUGAACGCUAUCCAGAGGAAGUGAUUGACGAGCUCAUUAUGCGGUUUGAGUUCCCAUCAUCUGGCAACAGAUGGGACAAGCCCUUGUUCUCAGUCAUUAAAGAUGGCUCGCUAGAUAUCGCGACCAUCUGUACUACCUUGUUCGAGCAAAAAGCCCUGAUUCCCAACCAGUCAACGCAAACCCAGCCGUUGUCCUCGACAAACUUUCUCUACGAAAUGGACCAAAUAACACAAGACAUUAUAACAACACUGGUAACAGCACAAAAGUCUCUUUGUCCUGGAGAUAAAAUUAAAAUUAAGGACUCGAGAGAAGACAUAACUUUUACCAGACCGUUCUCCAUGGCAGAGCUGCAGCGCCAUAGACGCCAAUUCAUCUCAUACACUAAAAUGCAUCCAGUUGAAGACACUAGCAAGCUAAGUAAUUUGUUUGUACAAUAUUUAAAUAAAUCAUUACAAAACUAAAAAUUUC